GCCAUCACGCCGGUGACGAACAGACCGAGAUUCAUAAUUGAAUCCGGAACACUUACCAUCAAUGAAAUAUGGUCCAAUGAUGUGGUCUCCAAGAAUACCCACCCAAACGCUCACUGACCACCUGACCUGUGUAUGCGCUUGCUGCAUCCAGUGAGGAUUCUCGGUGGCCCAGUAAUGCGAAUUAUGGCGGUUGACGAUACCAUUAUUAUGGAAAGUACAUUCGUCCGAAAACAGAAUGUACUUAGCAAAAUAAAAGUUUUCCUCACUCACAUCAAGGAGCCACCGACAAAAUCUUAAUCUGCGAGGUGCAUCAUCUGCAAACAACUCUUGAGUCAGGGUUACCUUGUAGGGAUGGAAGUGAGCCGAUUUCAAAGCCCUGCACACUGUUGCCUGGCAGACUCCUUGAUUUCGCGCAAUGGAUCUUGUACUAAAGUGUGGAUCAUUAGUAACCAUUUCCAAUAUUGGUGCGGUAUUUACGAUUGUGGUCCUGUACGAAAUAUGAACACGAGAUGAGAGUAAGACACGAUAUGAACUAUUUCCUGGGCCGAAGCUAUAGAAACCGUUGAAAAGACAGCGACGAAACAGCGACGGAAAAACAAAAACCAACAGAAUCCGAGCAUGAAGUUUUUUUUCCGUCGCUGUUUCGUCGCUGUCUUUUUCAACUGUUUCUAUAGUUUCGGCCCAGGAAAUCGAUCAUAUCGUGUCUCACUGUCAUCUUGUGUGCUUCGUAAUACAUGAUAGACGUGCGGUCAACAUGGCUUACAAUUUUACGAAUAAUGAGAUGUGCGAUAUGAUAUUUCUGUACGCUGCGUGCGGCCGACGAUCGCGGGAAACUGCGAGAGAGUAUGCUCGCAGAUAUCCAGAACGAAGACAGCCACAUCGUAUGACUUUUAUGAGGCUGGAGUCGCGGCUACAAGAAUAUGGACAAUUCAGACCUAUUAAGCCUGCAGGUACAUAUUUAUUUAUAAAAUCUUUCUGAUAAUAUAAUUUUAAAUAUUUUGUCACUUUACCGUUAUUUUCAUAUUUCGUACAGGACCACAAUCGCGCGUAAAUACCGCACCAAUAUUGGAAAUGGUUACUAAUGAUCCACACAUUAGUACAAGAUCCAUUGCGCGAAAUCAAGGAGUCUGCCAGGCAACAGUGUGCAGGGCUUUGAAAUCGGCUCACUUCCAUCCCUACAAGGUAACCCUGACUCAAGAGCUGUUUGCAGAUGAUGCACCUCGCAGAUUAAGAUUUUGUCGGUGGCUCCUUGAUGUGAGUGAGGAAAACUUUUAUUUUGCUAAGUACAUUCUGUUUUCGGACGAAUGUACUUUCCAUAAUAAUGGUAUCGUCAACCGCCAUAAUUCGCAUUACUGGGCCACCGAGAAUCCUCACUGGAUGCAGCAAGCGCAUACACAGGUCAGGUGGUCAGUGAGCGUUUGGGCGGGUAUUCUUGGAGACGACAUCAUUGGACCAUAUUUCAUUGAUGGUAAGGUCAAUGGCAACGAAUACCGAAGACUUCUCAACAAUGAACUUGUUGAAUUGUUGGAUGAUGUACCGCUGAAAUUACGUAUUAAUAUGUGGUUUCAGCAGGAUGGCUAUCCUGCACACACUGCCAAGUUAACAAGAGAAUUGUUAAAUAACAAAUUCGGUAGUCGUUAGAUUGGUCUUCAUGGUCCCCGCGAAUGGCCGCCGCGUUCACCAGACCUCACACCGUUAGAUUUUUUUUCUGUGGGGUCAUCUGAAGCAACAGGUUUAAGCAACGCGACCUGUCAGCGUUGAAGAUCUGAAGGAUCGAAUUGUGCGAGCUUGCCAGACAAUAAGUCCACAGAUCUUACGCAGGGUGCGUCGCUCACUUUUGGAAAGGGCUACAUUUUGUGAGAGGAUGGAGGGGGGCCAUUUCGAGCACCUUCUAAAGUAAAAAUAAGAUGCAUUAAUAACAUGCUGGGCACGGUCUCACGUUGAUGUAUUUUUUCAUCUGCGUGUGCUCUUACCCAAUAUGAUUUUAAUACAUCUGAUUGAGCUUUACUGCAAAAUAGGUCUAUAAAUGUGGUAUAAUAUGGCUACAGGCGAAGGUCCACUUUAAAAAACCUA